AUUCAAAAUGGCAACCACUGGUUUUGAUUUUUCGUUCCGACCAAAGCUCCGAUCGAUUUGUAAUAUUUUCAUAUGAAUAUCACUGUAUAUGAAGUAUAUGAACUCUCAAAAUGAUGCUUCCUAUUCCAGUCUUCCUCUUUUUUGUCAUAGUUCAGGGAAAACCCGAAAAACGGGCGCCAGAGAUAGAUACCUCAAUCAGUGAUGCACAGCUAAUAAUAUGCAUCAUGAAUGUCAAUGCAACAGCCUCUACCAUAUCCUGGUCUUCACCGCUCACUGGAGAUGCUAUAUGUGAUAUUAGUUAUUGUCAAGUUUCGUACUGCAAAUUGGAGUAUGUCCAUACGAAUCGACCAACCAGCGGUUCUAACUAUAUUCAUCCUAAUGUGGUUCCGAAUGUCCUCUAUAAAGUAACUGGUGAAUGUAAGGUGGAUGAUGAGGUAGUGUUGAAGGCACAGGAAAUGACUUUACAAUUAGGCACUGAUAUCAACACCAAGAAGUGCAGCAACGAUGAGAAAUACACCGCUUCAGGAAAUAGUCAAACACAGAUAACGGCAACGCUUGAUCAUACGUAUAAAUUAAACAUCACAGACCUGGUUAUUGGCGUUAUUGUCGGCUCUGUAGGGAUAGGCAUAAUUGUUAUAAUAGCUACUAUUAUACAUGGACGAAUUAGAAGAUGGCACAGGCUCAGAAGGUUUCUUCGAAUGCGAGAUGAUGACGGACUUACAGAUUUUAGAGAUAAUAAUGCCGCCAGAACUGUAGCUUCUAUCUCGGAAUUAUAGUACCUGAUGUCAGUACAGAACACUCCUGUACAUUAAAUCUCAUAUUGUAACAUUGUAUUGAGGUGAUACUAAAAUUAUGGCGAGGAUUUUUUUCUAUUAUAUGCAGACUUUUUGACAUUUUACAGUUUGUACCCAGAUGUUGUCCUGGAAACGAGAUGUUUUUUUUUUUUUAAGGUGAAACAUUUUGAAAUUCCUAAUGGAGUAAAACAUGACAUGUUGUAUGUCAUUAACAGAAUACUGGCGUUCAUAUUCACAUGAAUAUCUGUAUAAUAGUGUGGCAGCUGUGUAGGUCAUCGCACAAGAAAACUGUUGUGAAAUAAAGCUACAUUGUAACAUUCAGUCACUUGCAAAUGAACCAAUCAGCGCACCUCCCUUCCAUUACAG